CAUCCGGCUGGCAUCCAAACUACAGCCUCUACUUCCUUCCGAGAGAUGUCGCUAGGCUCGCGUCGGUGCCGACGCCGUGUGUCUGAUCCACGGCGCGACAGACGGCGGCUCUAUUUCGGGUGCGGCACACAUGCCAAGGCGGGCCGGCCGCGCCGCCGCCGACGGCCCGUCGCGAGUGAAACGGAGAGGGAGCGAGAGAAGGCCAGUCACGCCGGCACCGGCCGCGUCGAACCGACGCCCCAGGACGGCGCUGAGGCUGCGUGACCCAGCUGUGACCUAGCCGUGACCUGGCCGUGACCUGGCCGUGACCUAGCCGUGACCUGGCCGUGACCUAGCCGUGACCUGGCCGUGACCUGGCUGUCAUCCAGUCGUGAUCUAGCCGUGAUUUAGCUGCAACCCAGCCGUGACCAGGCUAUGGCCAGUGCCUGAACGAGAUGAAGUAACUGCUCCACGACCAGCAACAUCUGACUGCGGCGGUAUCACUGUCUGCUAUCGGAUCCAGCCUCCUAGCCAAUCUUCGCUUCAAUCUCCGUCAACUUCGGACCAGCCCAGCAUCUGACGCAGCAGUCGCUGCAGCUCGAUUGGCCCCCUUCUUCAGAGCUCCUGACAUCCCGAGUCUUUGCUGCACAAAGUCUCUCGCCCUCUAUCACGGAUGUGGCAGGGACGAGGAGCCCACGUCAUUCCUUCAGGCCGCAGUGCCUCCUUCCAGUGAGGCAAUGUGCCGACCACGAGGGCGACCGGGUGCGGCUCCGGUCAGCCUAGCCACCGCUGGAUCCUCGCCAGGAAAUCUGCUGGCAUUUUUCUGCAUCGCGUCACUUGCAUCCACAGUUUGUCCCGCGGGCCGGUUGUCAGAGCGCCAGGCGAACCAGAGAUUCUCGGAUUGCUUCAACUUCUCGCGAGGAAAUGAGUUCCUGAGGGAGUUCUAUUCGCCGGGGUGGCCGGCCAUGUACCCCAAAGGUGUUACCUGUGAACGCACCAUCUCGGCGCCGGAGGGCUAUCACAUAGAGAUCGACUUCCGAGGCACAUUUGACGUGGAGGAGAGCCCGCACUGCGAAAACGACUAUCUACUGAUUCGAGAUGGCAAGGAGUCCUACAGUCACGUGCUCGCGCGGCUGUGUGGUCAUCACUUUCCAGACACAAUCCGUUCUACCCGCAACCACCUCUGGCUUCAGUUCAAGUCGGACGCCACCAUAGAAUACAAGGGAUUCCACGCGGUCUACACAUUCCAUGAGGAUGAAUCGUAUAUCAAAGCCCCUGAGUGCAAGUUCGAAGUGUCUGGUCCUGAGGUGAUUAUAUCGACGGGGAACAUCACAGAACAGUACCGCGACUUCAUCGAUCAGGCUAUCGACAAGGGCAUGUCACUGGACUGCUCGUGGCGGGUCAUCGUUCCGAACGAUAAAGAGAUUCAAAUAUCUUUCAAGACAUUCAGACUGAACAAGCCAAAUGAAUGCGAGCAGAACUUCGUACAGAUUCUGUACGGCUCCGAGCUGUACCUGAACAGUACGAAGCGGUUCUGCAGCAGUAAGGCUGACUCGGUGAAGCUACCAAAGGGUCAGGACGUGACUUUCCGAUACUUCGCGACGCCUCCGACGCUGCCCGGGCUGCUGGACGAGGAUGACCCGACCACCGUGGUGGCUGUGGCCACAGAGCUGCGAGAGAGGAAAGAGGACUGUCGAGAGGACGAGUUCGACUGCGACGACCUCUACUGCAUCAGCGCCAAGCUAGUCUGCAACGGUAACUUCAACUGCGACAAACAGCUGGACGAGAAGAACUGCGACCUGGGCAAAGACAGCGACGCGCCGGAGCUGCUGACCAGCGCCAACGUCACCAUCAUGGUGAUCGGUGCGGCGCUGCUGUUCGGCCUCUGCUUCAGCGUCUGCUGGAACUGCGUCAGGAAGCUGAGGGAGGACCUCAGGGAGAAGGAGGAGAUCGUGCGUCAGUCCCGAGAGGCCGACCUGGACACCCUGCCGGAGACCAUGCCACGGGUCCGCUCUCGUGUCACCCUGGACGACGGCGGGUGCUACGUGCCCGGCGUCGAGCUCAAGCUGCUUCCAGAGCGUCGCAACGGCAGCACGCGACUCGUGCGCGAAGACCUCAUCGACCUAGACGUCGACACGACCGACUGUGGGUGUCAGACAGCGGCGGCGUCGCGGCGGCGAGACUCGCGCGACAGCUGCGCCAGCGGCUCGUCCACCCCUCCUCCUCCCCCGCCGCCCUGUCGGCCUCCGUCCUCUGUCUACCGGGGCCGACAUCACGAGCCGCACAUGGGCUACGACACGGCGCCGCGGCCGCGGCCCAGGGUAAGGCCCAGAGAUGAUGAGGAGGACGAGGACGAGGACAGGUCCGGGAUGGCCACGCCGCGCAGCUAUCGCUCGGAGGCGGUGAUCGAGAUGGUGCCCCGGCCCGCCAGUCGCCACUCGGCACGAUCGGCGCCAGAUGUCGUGGUCAAGCUGUGACGUGGCUGGUGGCACCGCUCUGGCAGACUGGAGGCCGCCGGACUGCGCUUAGUCCCGCCGGGGACACACACAUUGCUCAGUUUGGUGUUCGUGCUGCGAACUCUGGUCCAAAAUGGGCCGUCGAUGCCGCUAGCGACACCUGUAAGAUAGAACUCGACGUGGUUUGUGACUUGGCCGCCUGCCGCCUGGUGCUUCCUUGGACGAGACAUUUCGAUCCCGUUGGAGGGAGCCGGAUGUUUCGUAGACUUCUGAGUGGGUUAUGUGCUCAUCUUGCGACUUGCCGGUGAUGCAAGCCGUACCGUUCGCCGAGACGAGACUUUCAGAUAAUGUGAUGGCACGUGGCGUUCGUGCCGGUGUGUUUUGCUCACAGCGUCGGAGUGAAGAGAAGCUGAAUGUGUUUGUUUGAAACGCGUCACACAAAUACACGGCCGCUGCGCUCCACAAA